AUGGAAGCUGCUGAAGCAGAGGGUGGACGGCCUUCCUCUGCUGUCCUCUGUCCGCCCGCCUCUUCCUCUAUCCCGCCUCCCCCUACUGAGUCUUCCUCCGGUGCUCACCCGUCCGCCCAUGCUUUGGAAAUAACAGAAGCGAAAAAGCGCUCGUUUGGCCAGCAGCCUCCAUUUCCUUCUCCUCUUCGCCAAAAGGGGGUUUCGAGGUCCUUCGAUGGAAACACGUCGACUCGAGACUGCGGCAUCCCGAGUAGGGCCACAGACGCAGAGGAAAAGGAGGGAGGCCGGGCGAGAACGAGACACCACCAGGCUUCAGCGGGCUCUGUCGGAUCUGGCACAGAGUCGAUGAUGCGUCAGACGAAAAUGACCGAGGUCAAAUCGAGCCGCAGUGUCAGGAAAGGCUGUGACAACGGUUCCCAGAGAUGUAAUGAGAGGGGCGCGAGGGCUGUCAAGGAUCUCGAAAUGGCAUGCGCCGCCGGCGUGGCCUCUCGAGAUAGAAACCACAUCAGCGUCCGUGGCAAGUCCGUGCUGCAGAGGCGCGGCUCACAGCAGCGCGCGGAGAAGCAAGGCUGCGGAAGUCUAGACGACAGUGAAACAUUUUCCCGCUUGCGGCAGUGUCACCCUGACUUGCGAGACAACCCGAAUCGAAUUUUGGAAAUUAGUGAUAUGGAGCCGCGUGUGCGCAACUCGUCGAUUACUCCGGGCCAGCUCCUCUUCGAGCCAGAUCCUCAGGUCAUUUUUUUUCUUGACUUUGAACCCUUCAAGACUUACGAAUAUGUCUUGAAGCUGCGGAAUCGGGACUCCGUGGCUCGGCGCGUUCAAGUCCUGCAGCCUGAGGCCCACGAGUUUUUGAUUCUUCCAGGAAAAGACGGCCUCGGACCAGCCACGCCGAAGGUCGCUCCCGGCAUGACGGCGUGCUUCACGGUGCAAUUCAAUCCGCAAGUCCGCAGAGACUGUCUCUCAGAGCUCGUUGUCGUUACAGAAAGAGAGACGUUCGUGGUACCCGUCCGCGCCAUCAGCGGCAUGGGGUGCCUAGACACCCCGGAGAGAGUUGCGUUCGACGCAACACCCGUAAAACUAAAAGGAGAAAAAACGCUCCUUCUCCGAAACACAGGCACCAAAGCCAUGAACUUCACCGUCCACACUUCAGCCCCUUUCACCGCCUCUCCACGUCAGAGCUUCCUUGAAGUCGGCGAAUCUGUACAGAUAACCUUUGUCUUCGAGCCUCUGCGUACCGGCAAAUACACGUCCCGCGCAGUUAUGCAGACAACGGAGGGUCUGGAAUUCAUCACGGAUUUAUCGGGUGAAGCUGUGAACGCUGAUGUGAGGCUGUCGGCGUCUGUUUUGAAAAUGGAAAACACGUCGGUCCAGCUGACGGACGAGAAGAAGGUGUACUUACACAACAACUCAGACCACCAUCUCGAGUUUUCGUGGCGAUUUCUGGCCGAUGCUUCGCCACGCAGCGCGGUCACGUCGGCAGCGCCUCGCGAUCCGAAUAAAACCGGAGGAUGUGAGGACGAUUCCGCGCAAAGCCACUCAUACACAGGCUCGAGAGCAGCGGCGUGGCCUGACAUCCCUACUUGUCAUAUCACACCAUCCGACGGCCGCAUCUGGGCCAACACGUCUCUGGCUCUGGCCGUCACAUUCCGCCCCAUGCUCGCCGUUCGCUACAAGAAGAGAGCAGUCUGCACGAUCGCUGGCAGAGACACAGAUCUCACGCUAGACAUCGAGGGCACGGGGAUUGGCCCGAAGGCGCGAUUCCUCGACAGCGAAGUGUGCCUGGGACGCGUAGUCGUGAACACGCGGUCAACCACGGAGUUUGAACUCGCGAACCAAGGCGACAUUGGCGCGAGCUUCGUCUUGAGGCGCUCAGAGGCCCCGAUGCAGCAGCGCUUCUCCUUCUCGCCUGAGCAAGGUCACCUGGCCGUCGGCGAGACGAUAAGAAUCAAAGUGGAGUUUUUCCCGCUCGCCCUCGGCGCGUUCGAAGAGACGUUUGAGUGGUGGCUGGAAGACCUGCCACGGCCUCUCCACACCACGUUCACGGGCGAAGUUCUCCCUCCCUCGCUGCGCUUCGACGUCGCCUCGGUGGACUUUGGCCGGAUUUCUCUGGGCUUCACGGAGACGCGGACGAUCGUCCUCAAGAAUGCGUCUCCUGCGCGCCAGCCGUUUUCACUGCGGGUCCUCGGGCCCGCCGUCGGCGCCCAGGAAGCAGAGACAAGGGACGCAUCCGAGCUCGAGGUGGCUCCUGUCUCCGGCGUGCUGGAGGCGAACAGGGCGCAGGCUGUCUCGCUGACGCUCAGGCCGGGCUCCGCAAAGCGCUACGAGCUGGCGCUCGCGGUCGACCUGGGCGCUUUGGCGUCGGGUCUCCACACCGUGCCCGUGAAGGCGCUCUGCGAGCUGCCUGCGGUAGUCUUCGAGCCCGACGACAUCCUGCUCUUUGAAGAAGUCUUCGUCGGCCGCCGUUACACCAAGCCGAUCGUCGUGCGGAACCCCUCUCCUCUACCUGCGAGGUACGAGGUUGCCCUGCAGGAGAGCUGCCCGAGUCAGGCGUCGCUGGAGAUUUCGGAUUUCUGCGGAGUCGUUGAAGCGAUGGAUCUGCAGAGCGUCUCGGUGCAUCUGACUGCGAAAAAAGUCGGGCACGUGGCUGCGACGCUGAGGCUCUCCGUCGCCGGCUUCGCGGAGCCGUUGACUCUGCGCGUGCGAGCGACCGCCUGUGGGCCCAGAGUGCGCGUCGAGCCAAAGGAGCUCGACUGGGGCAAAGUCGCCUGCCUCGAGGGGGCCUGCCGGUGCGUCAGGGUGACGAAUGCGUGCCCGAUCCCGGCUGAGGUCACGUGCGCGAUUCGAGGGAAAGAAACGUUUUUCAGGCUUCGCAAGCAGGCGCUCGCCCUCGCUCCAGGGAGCAGCGAGAACCUCGAAGUAGUCGGGGCCUUCUGCGAGCCAGUCUCAGUGCAGGAGCUCCUCGUCCUCUCAGUCACCGGCGGCUCGGAGAUCGGCGUCACGCUGCGUGGAACGGGUACGCAGUCUCCGUUGGUGUUUUCGCGGGAUCUCACGCUGGUGGAAUUUGGCAUCAUGUAUACGAACCAGCCAAAGACGCUGAGCUUCGCAGUCGAAAACCGCGGGCGGCGGUCGCGGAAACUCUCCUGGCGCGACGCCUGCAAAGCCGACAAGAAAUCGCAUCCGAAGGAGGAGGCCUUCACCAUCGUCCCCGACACAGUCGUCUUGGAUCCCAACGCAUCCGCGGUGUUUGAAUACCGCGCCAUCAGUCAGACUCCUGGGCAUCGUUCACAUGCGCUGGUGUGCACGGAGCUCUCUGGAUUCGGGACGAAGUCUCUGCCGAUUCUGAAAAGCACAGCGAAGGCGGACUUCUUCGCCCCUUCUCUCUCCUUCUCGUCCAGCGCGCUGUCGUUCAGAUACGUGUGGAGGGAAGGCGACGACGUCGACCGCAUGGCGCAGGAGAUCCUCUGCACGAACGAGGCGCCGCUGCCGGCGUCGUGCGCCUUCCUGGCCAGCGGGCCUUUCUCCGUCUCUCCAGCGAAAAUGACGCUGAGAGGCAAGGCCUCAGGCUCCCUCACGAUCGCCUUUAACCCGAGAUUCAACGGCAGAGCCUGCUCCAGAAUCAAAGAGAGGUUGGAAGUCUCCUUCGAAGGCCACGCGAAGACCGAGAGUGUCGAGCUGAGGGGAGAGGUGGUAUACCCCGCAGUGGAGAUCAACGCGACCGAAGUCGACUUUGGCUGCGUGUUCAACGAGACAACCCGCUGCCUCGCGAUAGAGCUCAAGAACCCAACUGAGCUUCCCGUGGUCUACCACUGGCAUCUCACUGACCAGUACGAGUUCCAGUAUGUAUCGGGCGACAACGACCUGCCAUUGGCGCUGGUCGGCGGACCUGCGGCGCUGCCCGCCAUCAACAAGAUCUUUGACUUUCUUCCCUUUACGGGCUCCAUCGAGCCAGGUCAAACAGAGACAAUCUGCGCAACGUUCUUCGGCUUCCCAGACGUCCGCGUCACCGCCACGGCGCUGUGCGUCAUCGAGAACGGCCCAGAGUUCUCGCUCAGGCUUCGAGGUCAGGCGUCUCUGCCAACGUUUCGGCUGAGUCAGAGCGACUUUGACUUUGGCGAGGUGCCUUUCAAUCGGUCGGCAGAGAGCGAGCUGACGAUUUUUAACACGGGGCUGGUCGAUGUGCAGUUCGGCUUCAACCUCUCCAGACUCGAGUUUCCUUGGCUGGUUGAUGUGAGCAAAAAAAGCGGAAAAGUCCCCUCGCGAGACAAACAGAAAAUCGGCAUCCGCUUCCGCCCAGGAAUGCCGAUGGAGUAUUACCAGACGAUCUACCUGGAUAUCGCUCACUUUGAGCCUGUGCCGAUUUCCAUUCGGGGCACGGGCACCUUUCCGAGUUUGGCAUUGAAUUUGCCGAGACGCGACGAAGCCGCGCACCGAGACAGAUGGUUUCAGGCGCUUCAGGACCUCACAACCCCUCCAGCGGAGCUGCCUCCCGCGCAGCUGGAGAGCGGUGAUGGCGAACAGCCGCUGCAGUCACAAAAGCCUGGAGACCUUUCCUCCGAAGAAGAUGGUGAACGGGAGGUAGACCGAAAAAACGUCUGUGAUUUUCUCCUCUCGCAGUACCUGUCGUCUGCGAGCGGCUACGCCCUUGGCGCGAAGCUGCGGACGCUCUUGGAGGGCGUGCGAGUCACCGCCGCGCAGUAUGCGUACGACUUCGGGAGCAUCGUUUUGGGUAAAAGCAGAAAGAAAGUCAUUCGCGUCACCAAUCGCGCCUCGACACCAGUCUCCUUUCGAACGAACAAACGCAGCUUGAUGAAUGCGGGCUUCCGCGUGGAGCCUGAGACGGUUCACCGCCUAGGGCCCGGCGAAGAGGCGACGCUGAGCGUGGCGACGGCCUGGGAGAAGGAAGGCGCCGUCGCUGCGGCGCUGCAGCUCCAGACGGCGGAGGGCCCCGUCUACGCCGUCCAUUUGAAAGCCAUGUUCGUCGUUCCGGAGUUGGAGCUCUCCACAGACAAAGUUGACUUCGGCUCCGUCAUGCGGGGUCAGCGGAGGACUGUCUUUGUGCGCUUUAAAAACCCCGCGGCCGUGCCGGUGGUCUGGCGGCUCCGCGAGCGCGCCGAGAAAAACAAAAAGCAGCUCGGCGAUCGUCUGAGGCCCUUCGGCGUGGAGCCCAAUCAGGGCUCUCUCAAUCCAGGUGAGUUCCUCGAUGUCAAGCUCUUCUUUUUCGGCGAGUCGUGCGAAAGGGAGGCGGCGGCGAAGCUUUUGUUUCAGCUCGACGACAACCCGCGGUGGGAGUGCAUUUCGGUCAGAGGACGCACGCGCGUCCCCUCGCUUGCGGUCUCCCCGGCUGGCGUAGUGGAGUUUGAGAGCGCACUGCCACAGCAGGCGAUGAAACAGGAAAUUGUGAUCUCCAACACAAGCGGCGCUGCAUGCGAAGUGUUCGCCGUCGCGCUCGACGAACACGAGAAGCGGCUGGAACAGAUCCUGCGCGACUUUACCGGCUACGAUGACAGAGGAGUGGCUUACCUCCCCGUGAGGAAGCCAGGAAGGCCCGUCUGGCGGCAGGUGGUUCGCCGUGCCCUUCAGCUGCGCUCAAGUUCACCCGCUUCCGCGGGUCCCCGGGCCACGGGCACGACCGCGGUAGGCGGCGAGAAGGCCGACGACGCACCCGCAGAGGCCGAUGGGCUCCAGGGGCCUGCGCGGCCCUCGUCGGCGUUCGGCGCGGAGGGCGGUAGCCUCAGCGGCGAACACAGAUGCCUCUCAUCCGCCGCAGACGCCGCGUCCCCCCGGCACGCCACUGCAUUGGUCGUGACCAGCAGCCCGAGCAGGCUGAAGUCGGAUUCUUUGCCCGCGUCUCAAAGGCUGCCGGCGGAUGCGGGCCCCUUCGAGUGGCUCGGGGCGGAAGCUGCGCACUGGAGCGACAGCGAUUUGGAGACCGAGGACGAGGCGCCGCGGCCUUACCGUGUACCGACGGAAAAACGAGUCAACGUCUUAUUGGUAGGGCCUGUCGCGACAGGCAAGACGACCGUGGCACACGGCCUCGCCGCGCAGGGCCGAAGGAAGUACCUGACUGUCGAUACGUGCAUCGAGUGGAUGGCGAACCUGGAGAGGCGCGCCGCACCGCGGAAGCUGCGAAACGACGGGGAGUUCUGGACGCUCGCUGAGCAGCUCCGAAGAAUCCUCGAGGCAAACCGCGACGCCGAUAGUGAACAACUGGCGAAGAAGGGCGCAAAAGGCAAAUCCAAAACCGAGAAGAAGCCUGAACCGCUUCCAGGAGUCUCUGUGCCCUCGGCGUUGCUGGCGGCCUGCGUGCGGUACCGAGUGGCGAUGCCAGACUGCUAUGGAGGCGCGGUUUUCGAUAACUGCGUAUCCAACCUGGCCAACGUUGAGCCGGCCGUGGUCGCGCACAGUAUCGCCGCUGGCCUCGCGAGGGAGCAGAUCGUCCUGCUUUUGCUGAACUUCGCGCAGCAGAUUGCGACGGAUGACUCGUCUGCGGCUCUUCACGCCUCGACGCCGAGAGCAGCGGCCAUCGCCGCGGGGGUGGAGUACUACAGGCACUUGAUUGUUUUGCUCCAAGACGAAGAACGUUCGCUAAUCGAGCGCCUCGAAGCCCUCAGCGCCUCCGAGGGUGGCGCACGGGAGGGGCUGGACGGGCCUGCGCGCCGCGGCCGCGCUAUCCGGCCCCCGAGUUCGCCGGACGCUCUUCCCUCGGCAUCGCCAGAAGCGGCGUCGGGAGACGGCGCCUCGUCGGCUUCUCCGGCAUCGUCGUUGGCGCCUGGCAGCCGGGAGACACUUUCCGGCCCUCCGCAUGAGCGCCCGGCGACCGGCUGCGAUGAGCUGAACGCUGAGCAGGAAGCCGAGAGAGUCCGACGCGAGUUGUCAGGCGUGCAGACUCUCCGACAGAGGCUCGAGGGCCUGCUGGCGACGAGCACAACAGCACAGCAGUUUGUCGCAGAGCAGCUGGCCGCAGUCGAGAAAAUCGAGAGAGCAGUCUUCGCCCCCGAGGCCUUUCCGUCGCGCCUCGUUCUGGCUCAAGCCGAGUCCGACAACCCAGGGAACUGCGUAGAGCUAGACGCCGCCGCGUCCCCGCGGCACGACGCGGCUAGUGGCGCCUCGCCGCAGCCGCCCACGUCGUUGGAUGUCCUCGCACAUCCGCAGAAGAAUGCCGCGCGCCCGCCUCGUCGCUCUGUUUCUUCCGUUGCUUCGCCGUCUGCCCGCCACGGCUUGGCGUCCUCUUCCUCCGCGUCGCCCCCUUCGGGGGCGAGCGGUCCGCCAUGGCGCCCGAUUCUGCGCACGCUGCUGGCCAGUUGCUCCACGGCGCUGCCGGAUCUUCAGCGCGCAGCCGCAGCGCAGGUGCCGGUCGCGGAAGUGCCCGCGGAGCCGCCGAUUCCCGAGCCCGAAAUCCACGAAGUCGUGCACAAGCCGCCUCCUCCGCCACGCUCCCCGUCGUCCCUGUCGCCCCUGCGGCACUUUGCGCUUUUCCUGCCCGCCGCGGGCGCGCGGCCCGACGAGACGAGCGGCGGCAGCGCAGGCGCGGCCCCGCCGUCGCCAGGCGAAGACGCUGGAGACUCGCGGGCAGCGAAGAGCGGAAAUGCGAAGAAGGCCAAAGAACCCAGCGCGAACAAGGGUCGCAGAAAGCCUGAAAAAGUCGAGGAGGCGUCAGCGGCGGCCAAGUCCCUCGCGAGCGAGCCUGGCUUCGUGCCCACCACGCGCUGGGUUCUAGGUCCCCUCGACGAGCAGCGCGUGCUUAUCAAAUUCUGCGCGGAAAAGCCUGGCACGUACUCGUCUGAGCUCGCCUUUCGCGUCGUCGGUGAUUCCCGCCCGCUGCUCCAUGUCGCCCUGCGGGCCGCUUGCGGGUUGCCCAGGAUCUCGACCCACCCCAGGCAGCUGUUUCGAAACACGCUGAAGCAACGCCCCACAGACAAAGCCGGCCUCGUUCAAAAGCAAUUCGUCAGCAGCGAAGGGGUUUUCGACUUCGGGCCGCUUCUUCUCGGCCGCUCCUCCGCGACCGCCCGCGCACUCUACGCGAAGAUGGCAAACGGCGACGCGCUGGAAUCUUCGAGAAUUCCAGACGAGCUGCAAAACUACUGUGAGGAGAUUUCGCUGCGCAACGCCUCGGACUUCCCCACGACCGUUCGCUGUGCGCUCCAGAGUUCCGGACUGCAUGCUGACGCAGCUGAGCUCGGCCCCGCCAGCCGGCGGAAGGGGAGUCCGAAGACGGCAAGCGCGUCGGAUAACCCGUUUUUCGUUUUCCCCAGCGAAGUCGUCGUUCCGCGCAAUGGGGCUGGCACGAUUCACGUCUGGAGCUUCCCCAAGGCAGAGGGAGAAACCCGCGACACGCUGCUGCUGUCUGUGAAGGAAAACCCUGAGCUGACAGAAAUUCCUCUCCUCGCCCGCGGCGCACUGCCCAAGGUUUCUCUCGACUCCGACGUGAUCCAGUUCGGCAGGGUGCUUGUUGGGCAGACGUCAACCAGAGUCCUGACGCUGAAGAAUGUGUCGCCGGUGCCCGCCAAGUGGUCUCUGCUCAAUCUGGACUCGCUGCAGCGGGCGCUCAAGAUCGAGCCCGCGACAGACGGGACACUGGCGGCGUUCGAGGAGUGCCGGCUGUCCUUCAGCUUCUUUGCAGCGCAGCAAGCCGCCAGUCUCCAGCGAAAGGUCUCCAUUCGGAUCGCGGAUGCAGAGGGCCUAGGUGUGGGACAAGAAACGCACACGCUCGCGGUGGAGGCUGAGGCAUAUCUCAUCGAAGUUUUGGCGGACUGCGGAGGAAAGGGGAAAGGCCUGGAUCUCGGCAACGUCCGCGUAGGCGACGUCGCGGAGCACCAAGUCAGCAUCACCAACAAAGGCAAAUAUCCCAUAAAAUUUGCUUUCAGAGUGAAGUCGGAGGAGCUGCGCAGCUUCCUAAACUUCCAAGGCUCGCCGGACGAGCUGAAGCCUGGCGAGCAUCGGCGGCUCACGGUCCGCUGUGCGCCGCAUUGCGAGGUGAACCUGCGUGAAGCUGAGGAAGUCUUUUUGGAUCUCCACGACGCGGAGACCGGGACGCCGCUCGAGCCGCCGCUGCCGCCCUUCCCCCUCUCUCUCCACGCGGACUUCAACUACGUCUCUCUAGUGCCUGCGCGCGGGAUCAACUUCGGACCGACGCAAAGCGGAAAAACGCACUCCCUUCAGUUUGAAAUUCGCAACGAUGGACGUUUCCACUUCGAGUGGCAGCUUCAAGACUAUGAUCAACUCACGCACGGCUCGCCUCUCUGCGCCGACAGCCUCGCCAGGCCGGAAGGCGACGCGGGCGUCUUACCUCCCGCCUCGCUGCUCUCUGCGAAAGACACCCGCGCAAACAAAGGUGACGGCCGGGGGGGCGCCCAAGCAGGCGGCGCGCAGGCGCCGAAAGCCCCGAACAGCAAGGGGAAGCCUGCGCAAGGCGCCCGCACCCAAACUACCGCGGUCGCUCAGUUCGGGCCUUUUCGGAUUUCGCCCGUCAAGGGCCAUCUGGAGCCGGGGGCUAAGGUGGCGGUCGAGGCCCAGUACAGCGCUCAAGGCGACGCCAAUCACUCUCUAAAGCUCGCGCUGCUGGCGCAGGGCGUUAAGGUGGAGCGAGGAGACGAAACGGUGAUCAGCUCCUUAGGGUCUCUUGGCGGCUAUCAGGGGGAGUCACCAGAGGCUCCCAGCGGAGACAGCAGGGGCGAGAAGGGCGCCGAGAAGGCCGGGCGGGACGGCGCAGGCUCUGGACAUGGCGUCCCGGUGCCGGCUGCGGAGUAUGUGCUACAGGCGCAGAGCUGCGUGCCAGCCAUCAUUUGUGAUCCCGACUGGGUGUUUGAAGAGCAAUUCAUCGUGUCGAACGCUGAGGAGGCUGCGGCUUGGGCGGGAGUGAGAGAGGGUCGCAUGUAUAUCGUCGAGGAGGACUGUCUCUCUUUUGGGCCGGUGGUCGCCAGUGGCGAGUCGACCAAAGCCGGGCUCCAGGAGAGAAUUCGGAUCGGCAACCCCAAGUCCGUGCCCGCCGAGGUCACGCUCGAGCUGAAGCCCUGCAAAGAAACAGAGAGAGCUUCUCUGGCAGCGGAUGCAGACGCGGCUUUCGACGUCCAGCCCCGCCACCUCUCGCUGGGUCCCUACGAGACCAAAUCUGUCGCCAUCUGCUUCCGCCCCAGCGCGAUCCAACGCUACGCCGCGUGCUUCCGCGCCUUUGUCGACCGCUCAGGAAGCGACGCGGCGUCGCCUGCGCUGGCCUUUGACGUCAAGGGCGAGGGCACGCUACCCACGGUCUCCCUCGAGGUCGUCGCGCCUCCCUCCGCGGGGGCCAUCCAGCGCACUGGGCCUGCGAUCUCCGGGCACCGAGCUUCCUCGGUUGCGGCGACUACCCCGGUGAGCGCUGCGGUGUGCGCCGGCGAUAGCGGUUUCGGCCCUGCAGUUGAGAUGGGGCGGGUGGCAGUGGGGUCUUCUGCAACGGCCUUCUGCAUCUUGCGAAACGGCGGCACGAUUCCGGCGACUGCGUGCUGCGAGUCCGCGGCAGCCGACGGCGUCCUCAUCGACGUUCCCGCUUUCGUGACGCUGGCGCCCGGUGAGGCAAAGUCCUACGGGGUCCACGUCCGGCCUCAAGUGCCCGGCGACAUCGAGGCCUCCUUCCGCGUCUACACAAUUUCGAAUCCCUACGAAGACGUCACGUGCCGUAUCCAUGGCACGUGCUACAUCGAGGAGUGUCGCUGGACCCUCGCGGCGCCGGGAGUGGUUCCCUCUCCACCUUGCCUCUCGCCGCGUCAGGGCCCGUCGAGCCCAACUAGCGGUGUCGGCGGCUUUGGCCCAGGGGUUCGCGGCGCGCGCCUGUCGCUGUCCCUCGAUCCCACCGAAACGGGGCACGCCGCCUCGACGGCUGAGGGGCAGGAGCUGGGCGCCGGAAAAGGGAGGGCCGUUCUAGAUUUUGGCGACGUGCCGCUUGAGGAAACGGUCAGCAAGGUGUUGUUUUUAGAGAACACAACUGACUCGUGCAUGAAGUUCGAGAUCGCCCAUCCGCUGCCUGCGGAACUGCAGGGGGCCUUUCAAGUCUCCCCCGUCUCUGGCGUCUUACCGGCCCGUGGCGUCCAAGACGUCACCGUCUGGUUCGGCUCCAAGGCGCCCCUGACUGUCUCCUCUGUCCCCAUCGGCUGCCGGAUUUGCCGCCUGAAGGAGGUCGACCCCUCAGGGGCCAAGGCGGGGCCGAAGGCCAAGGCCCGCGGCAAGUCGGCCUUGUCCGCAGGCGACCUUGACAGAACCGAAGAACACUGCGGGUGCCUUUACCAGGUCCUCGCCGGGACAGAAGUGUAUUUGCCCUUUUUCGUCUCGGUGAACUGCGACGCGCGCCAGUGCGAGCUGGAGUGCGGCGACAUCGAGUUCGAAACCACGAAGCUGUUCAAAUCCAGAAAGUUUGCCUUCACGCUGGUCAACCCCGCGAAAGUGACGCUGCCCUUCGAGUUCCACUGGGAGGACGCUGACCAUCUGCGCGACGAGCCGCCAUUUUACAGUCUCUCUCCUAGGAAGGGAGUCCUCGCGCCCAGCUCAAGGAUGGAAAUCGGCCUCACCUUUGCGCCGACGGAGCUGCGCGACUUUCAGCGUGUCCUCGUCUGCUCCUUCCCAACUUUAUUCGCGACGACGGAGACGCGCAGAAUGGCGGUUAACGCAUCCGCGAUUAGGCCCGUUUGUCACUUCGACCUGCCGCCGUCGGACUACCGAGACAGACGAGCAAGAACGAACUCGGCAAUCCUCGACCCCAAGAUACAGAUCGUUGAAGUGACUAGCGUGGGGAUUGGCAUCCGCAAUACGAAGCGCUUCUUCGUGUUCAAUCCGACGACCUCGGACUUUGACUUCGAGUGGCGUCCCGCGAGGGCGCCGUUUGAUGCGGCGACGCGCGCGUCGACCGCAGAGUCCCUGGGCGCUCGCGUCGUCGCGGCGAACGGCGCGCCGCCUGCAGGAUUUUCCCCCGCCUCCGCCUCUUGUGCCUCGGCGUUCGCGGCCAAAGGCGGCCCGCCGCUCUACGAGGGCUUCAGGCUGUCUAACUCGCGAGGCCGAAUCGCCGCGGGAAAGCGCACCGAAGUCGCAGUCGAGUUCCUGCCCGCGAGGCCAGGCACCCACGAAAGCUACUGGACGUUCGCCAUCCCCCGAAAGGAGCUCGAGCAGGAAUUUCUUUUCGUCGGGAACGUCAAAGAGCCUCACGUGGCUCUCGACCGGUCGUCGGUCUGCUUCCAUCCCGUGCUGCUGGGGGCGAAGGCCGAAGAAAUCGUGAAGAUCCACAACCGCGAAGAUGUGCCCCUUUCGUUUGUUUUUGAUCGGAGUCAACCUGCAGCGGAGCGCCGUCCUCUGACCACGCAGCUCAGCAUCUCUCCCGCGAGCGGCGUGCUGCCGGCGAACUCGGUGACGCCGGUGACGCUGAGUUUCAAGCCUGUGGAUGAAAAGCCCUUCAGUCUGAAUCUCCUCUGCCGAGUCAAGCAGAAGUCGCGGCAACUCACGCUGAAGGUCAAGGGCGAAGGAUACUCCGUCAAACACAACAUGAUUCUUCUGAACGAGGACGGCAGCCUUCGGCAGUUCGCUGCGGGCGCUCAGACCGUGUCGCUGCUUGACUUUGGGUCGCUGGUCGUUGGUCAGACGAAGCGCUACACCCUUCAGCUGCAGAAUGGCGGGAGCUUCGCGUUCAGCUUCCACUGGGCAGUGCAGAGUGUGAGCGGCGGGGCAUUCGCGCCGAGUAUCACCGUAUCGCCGAGGGCAGGCGUUGUGGAGCAGGGCAAGAAUGAGGAGAUUGCGCUGACGUAUGCGCCGACUGAGGUCUGCAGACACGAAGAAAUUAUGCUCGUGUGCAGCGUCAGCGGCAGCGAGCCGUACCGCAUUCGAGUGCAAGGCUCUUGCGCAUCGCCGAAAGUUUCGUUUUCCUUCUCAGCACACGACUUUGGCACGUUUGUACUGCCGCCGCCACUCGCGCCUGGGCUCCAGGCGCUGCUGGAAUCGUCCGACUCCGCAGAGUCCGCGUUGGCUUUCCCUCAUGCGAGCGGCAUCAGCGACCGCGUGGAGUUGAAAAUCACAAACACAGACACGCUCCACGACUGCUUCAUCUCGACUCCAUUCGAGAAAAGCAGCGCUGUCGACGUCCAGCUCGUUCCAUGCAAUAUCGGCCCUGGGGAGAGAAUAAGCGUGCCGAUUGUCUUCACCCCCAAGCAAGCCCGCAGCUACAAAUUCAAAAUUCCCUUCUCCGUCAACGAACGAAAAAACGCGCACGUGACCAUCACGGGAAAAGCCAUCCUCGCCAGGCUGGAGCUCACCCCGCCUUCAGACGAGAUUCGGUUCGCGCCGUUGAUAAAGGGAGAGUCUGCCAUCAAGCACGUUAAGAUUGUCAAUCGCUCUGAGGCGAGCCUCGACUUCUUCCUCCGAGCAGCGCCCAAACUAGCAUCGCACGGCAUAUCGUGGAAGCCUCUGUCGUCGGAGACGAGGAUGUUUUCGCUGCAGCCGCGGCAGGAGUUGCCGCUGGAGGUUUCCUUCAAACCCGCGUUUUCGAUGCCUGAAUUCUCCCUUCCCCUCUUCGCCGAGUGUUCGGUCAAGCGCGGCGGGUCCACGUACCGAUUCCCCAGCUUUCUCUGCAACGUAGCAGCCAAGUCCUUCGAAACCGAGGUUCGAUUGAGCCAGCCGUCGCUGUCCUUUGGAUCAAUUGUGGUGAACUCCUGGGCGACGCAAACGGUGAAGCUGACCAACAUCGGCGAGCUGCACAUGCGCUUCAGAUUCAAGAACUCAGCCAAGCAUUCGCGUCUCGUCUCGCUCUCGCCUGCCGAAGGCCUUCUUCAACCUCACGCCGAUGUGCCAAUCGAGGUCACGUUCCGGCCGAUAGACGCGACGGAGAAGGAGGUCACGGUGGACGACAUCUGCUGUGUCAUCGAGCCUGCGACUCCUUCGAGUGCGAACCUCGAGGUUUCCUCUCUGCCGCUAACGGUCACGGGGCUCGGCGUGCCGCAGCCCGCGGACUCUGUUCAGACGCUGCGGUUUUCCACCGCCGUGCGCAUGCAGCAGACCAAGACGUUCCAGGUGAAAAACCCGAAGAAGUACGACUGGACGAUCACGCCCCUUGUUGCGUGUGAGAGCCCGAAGGACGCGAUGUAUUUCUUCUGCUCGCCCAGUGGGCGUAUCACGAUUCCGGCAAACCAAAAACUUACGUUCCAAGUGACCUACAAGCCACUCGCCUUGACGCGCGAGCCCAAGAGUGAGCGAACUGAAGGCGCGCAGCCGGGCGCUGAAGAGGCGACCGGCAAGCGACAGAAAUACGAACGAGACAAGGCGGAAAGUGUCGCCGGCGGCGGAGCCGCGAGGGACGCUCCGCAUCACGGGAAGGGGGCGGGGCAGAAUCCGGGGCCCCUCGUCCCUUGUCACGCCGCUUCUAUUUUCAUCCCCUUGCCAGACGGAGCGGCGACCACCUGCAGGUUCAUUGGCCACGCCACGGAGCCCAUUGUGGAGCACGUCAUCGAGGCGACCGUUAGGUGCAGACAGAAGCAGCUUCACCUGAUUAACAUUCGCAACUGGCUCCCAGUGAAGCAGAAAUUUGAUGUGCACUACACCGUCAUUCAGUCGACAGGCGACGCUGUCCCUCAGAUUCAGGCGCCAGACCGCUUCGACUUGCCGCCGUCUCAGUCGCGGGAGUAUCGCUUCUUCGCGUCUGCCUUCAAAGCGUGUUCGCAUGUAAUCCAGUUCCGAUUCACCAAUCGGGAGAAGGCGGACUUUUAUCUCGCUGAGGCCCGAUUGACCUUCACAGAGCCUGAGGCGAUGGGGGCUAUCACGCUGGACAGCUUCGUGCGUCAGCUCGCACGGGCAAAAAUUUCAAUUGAGAAUCCGUCCACGAAAAAAGUCGCCUUCCAGUGUCAAAGCAACAUUCCCGACGUGUUUUUCGCGCCUGUCCCUUUCGAAAUUCUUCCGGGCGCGACGGGCGAGCUCGAGGUGUCUCUGCGCCCAAACCUCCCGGGGACCGGCGAGGGGACAGUCGCGCUCACGAGUGACGAGCUAGGCACUUACAAGUACCUUCUGAAAUACACUGCAGCCCCAGUAGACAUCGACAAAGUUGCCACGUUCAACGCGCCGCUCGGCAGAGACGUGACGCAAACCCUUCGCUUCCUUCACUUCGCAAAGAAGGCCGCGGUCUACCACGCAACGCUCGACACGCCUCCCGACGACGGGAAAGGCCUCAGCCGCGGCAAGCCGAAUGCGAACUUAGAGAACUUCUCCCUCGAUACCAAGAGCGUCUCUGCCGCCGCGGACCUCGAGAACAAAGGCGUGGAGUUCCCUGUCACUGUCCGGUUCACCCCAUCCAAGCUCGCGGAGACGAAAGCGACUCUGGUGCUGAGAAGCCCAGAAGGAUUCGAAUAUAAGGCACUCCUCGUAGGGCGAGCUCAGCCGCCUCAGCCCCAGGGUCCGUUCCACCAGGGGAAGGGAAAAGCAAUCAACAUCGAUUUCAAGAAUCCGUUCGACGCGCAGACGGAAUUCACCUUUCAAGUUGACCACCCUUGUUUCGCCGUCGAGAAGAAAACUGCCAGACUGGAUCCCAAGAAAUCCAUGACAAUCGCUGUCGCAGUCAAACCCGACUCGCACGAAGCAGGACGCCUCAUCGUCACAGCUGAAGGCACUCCGCCGUGGAUAUUCUACUUGAAGGCUGGCUAG